AUGGUCGCCGACUCCCGAACACGCAAUGUGGUGGGCGAGACAAAGCACCAGAAGGAGCUCAAGAAGAAACUGAAGCUUGGUCUGCAUUUGAAGCCCAAAGCCCUCAGCUGCAUCAAACAAGAUCGCCUGGCUAGCCGGCAAGAGUUGAAGGCUGUGGUGAACAUCCUCAGCCACGUCGGCAUGUCUAUGGAUUCCUUCUUUCCAAGGAAUCCUUUGAAGGCCAAAGUUUGUGGUAGGGAGGACAGGCAGGUGCAUACAGUCAACAACGAGAACCUCGCCUUCAUCUCUGACAAAGAGUCCGGGCAGACUCGCUGGGACGUUCCCAUGCAGUCCGCCUCGGAGGACCUCCGCUUGGUGUUGUGUGCCGAUCAAGGGUCCCCCCUCUUCACCUGCUACCAGUUCUUAGCCCACUCCGGAGCGAACAUUUCCUUGAUCAGGGACGAGCUGAAUGACAAUGCUGUGUGGAUGGCUCUUUCGGGCCAGGAAAACCCCGUGGCAUACGCGAAGCCGGGCGACCUAUUGAUGCAAAUGUUCCAGCGAGAUAUCUUGAAAGAGAACGAUCUGGAGGAGACCAGCGACGAGCAGCUCAACUUCACCAGAGUCAUGGAGGUCCUCGGCAAAGUGCUCACCAGCGAGGAGUACUUUGCCCUCUUCCGGAUUGCCCGGAACGUCCUGGAACUGAAAGUCAAGUUUCGCAGAGCCGACUCGCUCUGCAGUGCUCUGAAAGAGGGCCACACAAUGCUGCUUGCAAGCAUUCACGAGAUGCUGGAGUACGUUCUCUACCUUCGCUGCUCCCCGGCGAAGGCGGCAGCUUUGCUGUCGACGGUCGAGGACGAGACGACCAAGGCCACCGUUCUGCAGGCCAUGCAGCAAGAGUGGCAGGUGGUGCUUGCUUUGGAAGACACCCCUGCUGGAGCAAGCCUUCUUCGGCAACACUGCGGCUUUUGUGCUUUCCAGCACUACAGAGAGGUGAUGACAGUGUACGAAAAGAAUGCCUGGAAGGUGACCGAAGAAACCACUGCCCUCACCUCGGCCUGGUACCCGCAGCUGGCCUGGUCGGCAUCCCUCGAGUCCGUUUUCGGAGAUCUUCAAGAUGCCACGAAACGGUCUGGCCGCAGUGACUGCGGCUCCCUCCCCAACCUUUUCGCUGUUGGGGUACGGUCCCUGCAGAACCGGCUUACUGUGCAGGAUGGCUCCGCCAGUCCUGUCAAGCUGCAGGCAAACGACUGGACGGGAACUCAGGCUAUCAGUGUGUCAAGCAAGAAUGUGAUGGUGGACAACAUCUUGAAGCCGUUUCCGAGCACGACCGCUUUCUUCCACAACCACCACAGCCUGAACUUCAUGCAGGGCAAGAAUCCGGCGGUUGAAGCCGGGGGCUUCUGGGUCCAGGCCUGCUUCUCGACUGGCAUGCUGUUGAAGUACUCUGGCAAGUUCUACUUGGCCACGGGCAGCACGCCAGCCGUUCUCAACGUUGUUCGCUUGAGGGAGCUCCCCUUUGUCUUCAAGGGACCUCUCCCGACGGAGACGAGCGACGAGACACGGGUGCCUUGCCAGAAGGCUGACGACGUGGAUGUGCUGCGCCCGACGGAGAGCACACCUGCUCUCGUCUUGGACGUGGGAAGGACCAUGGUUCAGCAGCUCCGCUUCGACUACGAGGAGGUGAAACUCUUUGCCUACACGCUGCACGUCUGCGAGAGCCAGCUCGCAGACAAGUGUGGCUCGGCCGUGUUGCUGAGAAGGGGCUCUCAAGAGUUUUGCUUGCUUUGCUUCUUAGUGCAAUCAGAGCUCGUCCUCUCGAGCUCCAGCGCCUCUUUGACGGAGUUGCUGCAGAAGCAUGACAUCCAGAUGCCCAAGAACUCGACGAAGGCUCACAAGGUGAGGCGAAUCUUGGCAAUGGAAAAGGUCAAAGAGAUGUGUGCAGCAAAGACGAUCACGAAGCUGCUGGCUUCCCUUGAUGAAGCAGAUGCAAAGAAGAAGAUUCGAGAGAAAGAGAAAGAAAAGAAGGAUGAUGCUCUGGAGGAGGCAGAAGAGAUCGAAUGGGACGAGCUGCAGGAAGAUCCUGCUGCACAGGCCUGCAAGGAGCUGCUUGCAAGGCUUGACGAGGAAGAAGAAAAAGAGCUUGAAGAGAAAGAUGCAGAUGAGGACCAUCAGCUGCUAGAGCUUUGUCAUUGUCUGUUUACCCCAUGA